CUGCACUACAUCAAUGAGUCCAAGAGCUGGAUUAAUGCCAUGGAGUUCUGCAGAAGUCGUGGCUCCAAGUCCAACCUGGUGCACAUUACCAACCAGACCGUGCAGGCUGACGUGACCCAGCUCAUCGCCAAUGUGGGGCUGGCAUGUGGGGGGGUGUGGAUUGGUCUGGAGAGGUCCAUCUUUGAGUGGAGCGCCCCCUGGCUGUGGACCAGUGGUGAUGUUGAUAAGGUGGUGAAGUACAGUGAGUGGCACAGCUGCUUCCCCCUCAACCCCAUCAAUUACCACUGUGGUAAGAUGGUCCGGGUUGGUAACAGAGAACUGAAGUGGCUGGAUGCUUCCUGUCAUCAGGAAUUACCCUUCAUCUGUCAAGAUCUCCACUAGAAGGCGCUCCAUGGCAGCCUGGACAGUCUGCAGCCAGACACCACACUGAUCUGCCAGAGAGACUUCCACACUCAUGGUCUGGAAGGAACCUGCAUUUCAAUUCGUAAUAUUUUACACCAAUAUAACUAUUACUAUUAUUAGGACUUUUUAUUGUCAUAUUUCAUAUUAUAUUACUUAAUGAUACUGUAUGUAUAUAGACUGACUCACAAGCAUUGCAAUUUGACCUAUAGUUUACUGUAAUACUUUGAUUGUUUUAAAAUAAAGAAAGGUGAAGUAAACUGUAACUGAAAAUGUAGUAUUUAACUCCUGUGUGAUAUGUACGGUUUC